AUGGCUUCCGACAGCAACCGGAAGGCUCCCUGCGGCAAGCCUCAGUUCCUCAAGGUGCUCUUCACGGACUUCAUGGAGAAGAUGCCGAUCCCGGCCAAGUUCAUGCGGCGGCACCUGGCAGCGGAGCCCGGGCUUCGGCCGGCCACCCUGAUGAGCCCGUUGGGCAAGUUCUGGCAUGUCGACGUGGUCCGAGACGGCCACGGCGACGACAGCGACGUCUACUUCGCCGGCGGCUGGGCCGAGUUCGUGAGGGCCAACAGGCUGGAGGAGGAGAACUUCCUGGUGUUCAAGUACGAAGGGAACAUGGUGUUCACCGUGAAGGUGUUCGAGACGUCCGGGUGCAUCAAGAACUACGACGACCUUGUCGUCGCCGGCGCAUUGUUAGAGCAGGCAGCACCGAGGAAGCGGUCCAGCACUGGCUGUGGAUCGCAGCCUACCUCCAAGGGCCAUGGUGGUACACAUGCUCAGAAAACCAGGAAGGUCAGUGACAGGAGCCUUACCGGUGAUGGUGCCAUACAGGCAAAGAAGCAGUACAAACCUCGCAGGAUUCUGAUGGAAGAAAAUGAUGGCGAGCAAGAUGCCACCACAGAGAAGUACGCCCAAGCGGACACCCACUCCGGCAUCGCAACGGAGGCCAAGGAGUCUGACUACACCGGCACCCUCCCUUUCUACGCCAAGACGGCGACUCCUUGCAACAUUCGCUACAGCUACAUGGCAAGUUCUUUAGCUGGUUCAAAAUCAAAUCUAUACUCUCUAAACAUCGGGAAGAAGUUCUGUGUCAUGAACGGCAUCGCGACGAACCGGCUGAUGAUACUCAAGGACUCGGGCGGGAGGUCGUGGCCCGUGAAGCUGACGCUGACGAGCGACCAGGCGCGCAUGAAGGCCGGGUGGGGCCACUUCUCCGGCCACCACAGGAUCAAGGUCGGGGACCUCUGUGUCUUCCACCUCGUCGACGAGCACACCUUCAACGUCAGCAUAAGGAGGGCCGAGUAA